AAGUUUACACAGAUUUUGAGUCUCCGAAUUUUAUUUUUUAAGGUAACGAAGAUGUAAAGAUAUAAUUUUAACGAAAGGGCGAGAAAAAUUAUACUUGAACAAUAUUGCUCUCUUGAUAAAUAAUACACGCGCAAUAGAUACAUUAACUACAAUUGUUUUAAAAAUGAUUUAAUCAAUUUAUUAUGACGCAAGUUUAAUAUCGGAUCGAAAACAUAGCAAGAAUUUUUAAUUGCAAAAUUUUUUAAAUCUUGCCCGAUGGCGAAUGACGAAGAAAAUAGAAGACACGUAUGUGCAACCCCCCAAAAAUUCUAUCGAACAUCCGCAGCUUCUUCGUCGCAGCCUCCCCUGUCGCGAUGAUUCCCUACAGUUUACGACCAUAUGUGCUAAGGUUUAUUUCCACAUCAUAAGACUACCAUGAAAACCGCGAAAAUCAGAGCGGCUGGCGACGGCCGAUAAGUCGCUAUAAUGGAGAUAAAUCGAAAAGUGCAUCGGUUCGUGAAACGGUGCGCCAUCCGGGACCAAUCUUCGCGUUGCUCCCCAUGAAAAAGCUUCUGCGCAAGGACGAGCUCCAGCGGCUAUAAAAGCCUGCACGAGACUCGUUCGCUUUCCAGUCACGUUUAGAACGGUCCUUCAAGUGACAAAAAACAGGAAAGAUAAGAGAAAUUCGAAGGAAACUAUUUGAAUUACGUGUUUAUCUGGCCAACGAAAAGAAAGGGGGAAAGGGAAAGAGAGACAUAAAAUUUUUUGACAUUCGGAAAAGUUUCAAACAAGUAGAUUGAGAAGUCGUCUAACUUUGGUUUUAAAUAAAUAGAUUAAGACGAUAGACCGUCCCAAAUAAUACCUCUGAAUAACGGGCUCUUGUAGCUCUAUCUAAUUUCAUUUCCUUUUCUUUCAAAAAACAUGUAUAUCAGCAAUUAAUAGAGCCAUUAAAAAAUUUUACAUUUUACUGUUAUACUUUACUUUAAUAAUAUUGUUAAUCUAAAUUGUUUAUUACUGAUAUAUUAAUUUUAAAAAUUAUUCAAAAAUUUAAAAAAAAUUAUACACAAACUUUUAUUAAAGAUAAAUUCGCGCUAAAUUCUUCGCGGAAUUUAGCAUUCUUUUUUUUACUCUGAGUGUGUUUUUUCCCUUCAAUAUCGAGAUCGAUGAUCAAGGAUGAGAUUAGACGAUCUGAAGAACAGUCGCCUGAUCACCGUCGCCGUGGUCUAUCUCAGUCUCUUCCUGGAUAAUGUCUUGUUGACGGUAGUCGUGCCGAUUAUCCCCGAUUAUCUGUGCACGCUCGACGCGAAUACGACUGCGAGCGCCGAGGAGGACGAAAACGGUCGAGUGGGAUUACUGCUGAGCUCGAAGGCUCUGGUCCAAUUAAUUUUGAAUCCCGCCGUGGGCACUCUCACUGGCACUCUGGGAUACGCCAGACCUCUAUUCCUGGGAAAUAUUAGCCUCUUGCUGGCUGCUUUGCUGUUCGCCUUCGGACAAACAUACGGGAUACUGUUCUUGGCUCGGAGCAUUCAAGGUAUAGCUUCAGCGUGUAUAGCAGUUUCCGGCAUGUCAUUGGUCGCCUCUCAAUAUUCCGAGGAGGACGAGAGAUCCAAAAUCAUGGGUUUCGUUCUCGGCAGUAUCGCUCUGGGUGUCCUCCUAGGCUAUCCAAUCGGUUCCGUGUUGUACGAUCUCGAGGGAAAAAUGGCACCUUUUCUAUUGGUGUCCAGUCUCAUCAUUAUAGUAAUUUGUCUGCAAAUUUUGACAUUAGAUGUUCAAACAAACACUGAGCCAGGAGAACAGCAAACUACUUGGCUGCAUUUAUUGUCUAAUGUGCACAUCCUCAUUAUCUCCGGUGCAAUUUGGUGUUCGACAUCGCCGAUGGCGAUACUAGAACCUUGCUUGCCGAUUUGGCUUAGAACUCACAUAAAACCCAAGAAAUGGCAGUUGGGCACGGUAUUCAUACCGGACAGCGUGGGCUACUUAAUCGGGACCAACUUCUUUGGCGUGAUAGCGUAUCGUUACGGGCGUAGCAAAGUGGCGAUCCUGGCUAUGUUCGUGGUCGGCGUUAGCGCCAUUCUAAUCCCGUCCGCGAAUACAAUGUCGCAGUUGAUAUUCCCGCAUCUGGGAAUGGGUCUGGGCAUCGGCGUAGCGGAUGCAGCUCUGGUACCUUUGCUGGCCAGCUUGGUGGACCGAAAUGGCAACUACGGACCCGUUUAUUCGAUCCAACAAGUGGCCGUCAGUUUGGCUUACUCCUUAGGACCUAUCACGGGCGGCGAAAUGGUCAAAGCCAUUGGAUUCCCGUGGGUCAUGCGAAUCGUAGGAAUCGUGAACGUGGCGUACUGUCCGUUGUUGAUAUACCUCACGUUGGAACGGAGGAAGUUGUUGGCGAGGAAAGAGGAAAAAAAGGACUACGACACGUUUCAAAAAUCCGUCGCACCCUACGAAAGAUUUCACGACUCCGACGAAGAUCUUUGACAGUAAAUAAGAUUCAUUUCUAGCAACAACCAUAAACAUUAAUCCCCCUAAAAAUUUGUAAAUUUUUACAUAUGUUAACAUUUGUUUCUUCUAUAUUUUAAGAAUUACAUUGUCACUUAUCUAUGUUUUUUAAGAUAUUAUAUUUUCUAAUUAUCAUAUAUCACAUAAUUUUCGUGUCACUGUCUCCAUUUUGUGAUAACAAAUUGCGCGACGUCGAAUGUCAUUAAACGUCCGCGAUUGAACACCUCGAAAUAGCUUCUAGUAAUGUUAUUGUUUCCUCAAUUAAGUGCGCUAUGCAGAGCCGGCUCUUCCUCGUAAUUGGUAACCCAAGUGAAUUAUUGGCCAAAUAACAUCCCCGGUAGCUGUCAUCCGUGACACGACGACGUUUCUCGGAUCGGAGAGCAGGAAUUCGCUGAGUUCGCGGUACACGAGGACAAGACAAGAAACAUGCGUUGAUAAUGGAAAAUGACGACGAUCGAUCGGGGUAGCUCUAAAAGCUUAUUAAUGUACUCAAUCUACAGAGAAAUUCGUUUACGUUGCAUUAACGGUCCCGCCGUCUACCGCAAGCAUUGACUCGUCAUUAGCUUAGGUAGAUUACCGUGAUGUACACAAUGUACUCGAUCAAUCGCGUGUCCCAUCGGUUGCGUGCAAAAUCAAAUGCUACGAGUAAUCCGCGGAGUUUUAAAAACGAGAAGAGCUAAAAAUAAAUAUCGCCCCCCUCUCCCCAAAUGUAAUUUGAGAUACACUUCAUUUGAGCUCCAUUUAUUUUUGCGAAAUGUUUAUACUCUCAUCUCGUAUGUGUAUCUUCCGUUCAAGUAUUGCUAGUAUAAAGUACGAGGGGGAUCGUUCGUCUUUCCAAACGAUCUACGUAGUCUCAGUCCAUUAUUUCUCGCACAGCCUAACGAUUUCGGUCCGAUCAAACGACAUAAAUUUGUCCGAUCAAACGACGUAAAUAUUGAUCGUAGGAAAGUUCAGGCGCAUAGAUAAAUCCCGGCUAUUUUCCUUCGAGGAAAGUCGGAGGCGUAACGUAAACAGGGCGGCGGCGGCGGUGCCGUUCGAUGUUCGAAGGAUUUGUCAACGAGGGGCAGAGCGCGAGAGAAGAGGCGAAAUGGGGCGUGACUUUGCACCCCGGGGUUUAUUCGGUGAACAACGCCGAUCGUCAUUAGCAAGGGUGUUAGACUAAUCGCACCGUUGUCGCCGCCGCCGCCACCGCGAAAGAAGCUAAAUGCAACCCCGACUUGCACGGAGAGCUUUCUAAAAAUGAAGUGUCCCCUCGGAAAACUUUGUUCAAUUUAACCGCGGUGCUGAAUUAUUAAUAGCGCAGAGCUAACGUCAUUAAUUGAUCAAUCGAUGAGUUGAGUUCUGCCAUGGAAUUGCAUAUCGCUAAGUAUUGUCUUUCGAGAAUAUGCGUUAUACAUCUGCAGUAUUUUCAUGCCGCUGCAUUUUAUAUCCCGCAGUGUACUAAUUUCGAUUGUGAAAUCGAUAAUAAAGCGCAUUUCUUCUAUGGUAAUAA